UUUUGCACGCCAUGGGCGCUGCCAUUACCCUCUGCUGCAACCUCGCCCUCGUCAUUCAAGAAGAGACUGGCGGACACGUCGCCCUAACCGUGCAUACAAGCACUGUCGACGUUUACGAUGAUUAUGAACCACUCGUUGAAGGUUACCCGCAUGUGACACGGAGUCGGAGCAAGUCGGCUAUACGCAUUAGACUCUCUAGGACCCCAGGCUACGUGUGACAUGUUUCCCGGUGGCCGCCAGGAAGCCCAUGUGCUUGCAAAAAGGUGAAUGCCUCCCCGCACCUCAUUGUUGUAUUGCUAACCGCUACAGUAUAGCGGGGUGUCUACAGUAGUGACAUUUUCCCACAAUGACUCGGUGGUUGGGCUGGUAGCAUCUGUGUGUAUAUACAAACAAAUGAGGUCCAGAACAUGCUCUCAAAUCUUUCCCCCAUAUGCAUGUCAUGUUCACAUCGGUACUUCUGGACACGUCAUUGACUAAACAGAGUUCUAAAUUGGGAGCCCUUUGAGCGGCGCACUCGAUGGUAAUCA